AUGGGACUCAUCGGGUCCGAGUUUGAAGCACUGGCUGUAGGUCUGUUGCUCGAGGGCGCAUUCUUCAGCAUCUUCGUCGCGACCUAUGGAGUCGGCACAUGGCUGUUGUUUAGAGGAGACCAGCUGCCGCACGUAAGAAGACGGAACCGGAUCUUGUUCAUUGCGAGCACGCUGAUGCUCAUGCUGUCCAUUGUCCACAUGGGAUUUAGUGUCUAUUUCAUAUCCCUGUACACCGCUUUGGUUGCCACAAAAGACCCUGACGUUCCCAAAUUGCGGAGCAUCACAACAGCCCAAUACUUGCUGUAUGUCACUCAAGGUUUAAUUGGCGAUGGGUUCAUGUUGUAUCGGCUUCAUGUCGUGUGGGGACAGAGAUGGAAGAUCACAUUUGUUCCUGCAAUAAUGUUCUUCGCAAAUGGCGUUGUCAGCUACGUGAUCGCUGGUUUGGGAACCUUCCCAAGCGCGGCGGCGAUCUUCUACAUAUUUUCGUUUUUCACCAAUGUUGUUACUUCAUUGCUCAUCGCGGGCCGCAUCCUGCUGCACGACGCUGUCGCGAUCGUGCACCCAAGCUGGAGCUUGCGCGAGCGCGCGUGCUUCAACGCCGCGCGCCACCGUCGCGUCUUCGAGGCGAUCGUCGAGUCUGCAGGGAUAUUCACGCUCGCGUCGGUCACGCUCCUGAUCACGCGCUUCGUGAGCCCGAAGCUCGGGUACCUAGCGUGCAUGACCGCGAUGUCGCCGCUCAUCGGUUUCGUGUUCUCGCUGGUCGUCGUCCACGUCGCGCGGGGGAGCGUGGAUGCUUCGGCGUCCAGUACUUCCGCGACGGCGGAGAGCGAGCCUCAGUUCACGACCUUCGCGUCCACGCUUGACUCUCUGGAAACGGUGCGUGCCGUGAAGUUUCCGUGA